AUGGCCAUUCUGGACAGGGAAAAUCGGCCUCGUGGAUUGCGAGUUCCGUCGCUUUCCGCCUUCAAAUCUAAGAAAGCCGUCGACCACGAGCCAGCUCCAGCUCCCGCUCCUGUCUCUGCUGCUCCCGCGCCUCCAGCUCCCGUUGCGCCUCCUCCUCAGUACCCUGUCCGAACCGACUCAGCCCCCAUUCGACCUGCACGACCACAGAAUGACAAGGAACUGCCCCCAAAUCCACUGCCGUCUUUUCCUCCCGCGUCGGCAUCCCUAGGACCGGAGGACAUCCACCCAGCAUUCAGAAACGAAAUCUCAGCUGCACGGAACCACAACUAUGCGCGGCCUGCCAGAGCCCACGAUGAGCUGCCAGUCCCGAUCUCGUCUCAACGGACCCCUUUCAGCGAAAACUCUGUACAACCAGAUGCAGGCGAUCCGUUAGAAGACUUCAUCCCGGAUCCCGAGCCCGAGCCCGAGCACGAACCGGAAUUGGACAGCGCCAGCGGACCCCUCGACUCUGUGUCGAGUGACGAGAACAAUGGGCCUUUUACCCCUCCUGAGAUCGAACCGGUCACGGUGCCUCUGAACCGACUGCAUUAUGCCUGUUUCCAGGAGCAUCGGAGCAUGAUGCCGGCCAACAAUGUCUGGUAUUCGCUGCCGUGCAUGGCCUGCCAGAAAUUCGACCGGGAGAUGCGCUUCAGGUGUGUCUUCUGUUGCUUGCGCAUCUGCGCGGACUGCUAUCAGAGCUUACAGAAGGUGCCGAAUCGUUCGCUGGCUCAAUUGAUGGAGACGAUGCCUGCAACUUCUUAA